CACCUCCCAUUAUCUCUCUCUCCUGACGAGCUUUCUCUCUCUACACCUCUCCGGACCUCCUCUGAGAGGUCACGGAGCGCCAUCACAACAGUGUGACUCUGUCUUUACACUUGGCUUUUUGAAUUUCAAAUCGAGCAUCUGCAGAAUGCUCCUUCCUCAUUGCUCUUGAUACAAGGAUAGUGGGUGCAAUGAGGAGCCAUUUAAUUUGAAGACACGUACUUCCCUCGGGGAGGAACACAAAUAUGAACAAAGAAAAUGCAGUUGGAACAAAAAAUGAAGCACCCACUACCCGAAUUACCCGAUCAAGGGCUAAAGCAUUGGGCAUGUCAACCGGGAUACUCCCAUCCUCAAGGCCCUCUUUUAAACAGGAACAAAAGCGUACUGUCUGUGCAAAUGCCAAGAGAUCAGCAUCGGAUGAGAACAAAGGAACUAUGGUUGGAGAUGCUGGCAAGCAGCACAAAAAGAGAGCUGUACUCAAAGACGUCACCAACAUCUUUUGUGAGAAUUCAUACUUGAACUGUGUCAAUGCUACCAAAGCUCAGACCAGCAAGCGGGGUAGAAAGCGGUCCCUGAAGAAGGACACAGAUGUGCACCAAAGUGAAGCUGUCCAAAUAAUUCAGGAGGAUGACAAAGCAGAAUUUCUACAAGAGUUGUCCAAAACAAAAGUGGCAGAGUCUGUAGAAAUCACUAUCCCAGACAAAUGGGCAAAACAAGAAAAUUCAGAGCAUAGUAUCUCAGUGAGGGAUGUGGUAGCAGAGUCUUCAAGAAAACCACGAGAUAAAGGUCGUAGAACUUAUGAAGCAGUUUAUAAAUAUGGUGAGAAGACAGCAGCUCUAGUUCAUCCAAGUAUCGUAGAUAUAGAUUCAAAACACAUGGAUCCUCAAGCUUGCACCCCAUAUGCACUUGAUAUAUACAACUAUAAACGCAUGACAGAGCUUGAACGAAGACCUUCAACUACAUAUAUGGAAACCUUGCAGGAAGAUGUCACUCCAAACAUGCGUGGAAUUCUAAUUGACUGGCUUGUUGAGGUUUCUGAAGAAUAUAAACUAGUUCCCGAUACUCUUUACCUCACUGUGAAUCUCAUAGACCGGUUUCUCUCACAAAACUUUAUUGAGAAGCAAAGACUCCAGUUGCUUGGUGUCACUUGCAUGCUAAUUGCCUCGAAGUAUGAGGAAAUUUGUCCACCACAAGUCGAAGAGUUUUGCUUUAUCACGGACAAUACCUAUACAAGACUAGAGGUAUUGAAAAUGGAGAGUCAAGUUCUAAAUCUUCUGCAUUUUCAGCUGUCUGUUCCCACCAUAAAAACAUUUCUAAGGAGAUUUGUUCAAGCUGCCCAAGUAUCGAUCGAGGUCCCUUUUGUGGAACUAGAAUAUUUGGCAAAUUAUUUGGCGGAGUUAACUCUCGUCGAGUAUAGUUUCUUAAAGUUUCUGCCUUCCCUUACGGCGGCAUCUGCUGUACUUCUUGCCAGAUGGACACUCAAUCAAUCUGACAACCCUUGGAAUCUAACUCUAGAACACUACACCAAUUACAAGGCAUCAGAGUUAAAGCCUGCGGUUCUUGCAUUGGAAAAUUUGCAGCUCAACACCAGUGGUUCCACCCUAAAUGCCAUACGUGAAAAGUACAGACAUCAGAAGUUCAAACUCGUGGCAACUUUAACUCCCUCCGAACCUGCGCUUUCACUCUUCCAAAGAUUUAACUACAGCUGAUCUUCCUGAAGGGCUAACUUGAGAAAAUAAUCAGAUAUAAUGACUUCCACAUUGCGGCAUUUCAUGGGGGAAGUUCAGCUCCAGUAAUCCAAUGUCUACUUACAAUUUUUUGUCAACUGAGGUUUUGUUGUCUAUAUUCAUGUUCUCGUUGUUGUAGCGGUUAUUUAUGUCUGGUGCUUCCAGACCGGUCCUAUUACGACGAGGAAGUCUCGUAUCAUGACCCAUAUGAGGCGGCAAACCAGCCAUAUGCCUCUCGGCAAAAUAAGCCUCGGAAUUUUCUUUUGCUUGCUAGAGUGUCAAGCUUUUAGAUGUACCAUUUAGCAACAUUACUUCUUCAAAGGAAGAAUUGGAGAUCAUUCUCUUUGUACUUCAAUGAAUUUGAGAGAAUGAUACUGGAAUUUAUCUGUUACUUUUUUGGGGUUACUUAUUCUUCGCUAUGCUCUGUAACUUUGAGCUCUACUGUACCAUUCAGUGACUA